UUUUAAAUUUUGUUUCAUCAAAUUUUUUUACUCUUUAGUAUUUCCUCCGCCUCCGACAACCUUUGUGACUCUUCUCGGAAAAAUAAAGAGAAACAGAUUCUUUCAUGAUUGACUUCCUUUUCCUUCCUCCCAAAAAUUUAUAUCUGAAAGAGAAAAAGCAAAAAUCAAUAAUGGAAAAAAUGGGAAAUAGCAAAGUUGGAUGAGAAGAAGGGACAGAUGAGACCCAAUCAACAACUGCCUGUAUUGGCGGGUGGCUCCUCGUCAUCAACCAAUAGGAGCCGUCCACGUAGGCGAGGCGACCUAACCCUACCGCUUCCUCAACGGGACCCUUCUCUUGCCGUCCCUCUUCCGCUUCCUCCGACAACCAACUCUGCUCCAUCAGCCUCCUCAAACGUUAACGCAGCGGCUCACCAAGUCAACUUCUCGGAACUCGAUCGGGUCAACCGAAUAGGAAGCGGCACCGGAGGCACCGUAUACAAAGUCGUGCUCCGUCCUUUAUCACUACCUUAUGCCCUCAAAGUCAUCUAUGGAAACCACGAUGAGUCCGUUCGCCGUCAGAUCCGCAGGGAGAUCGAGAUCCUCCGUGACGUUGACCACCCUAACGUCGUCAAAUGCCACGAAAUGUACGAUCACAACGGCGAAAUCCAGGUCCUUUUGGAAUUCAUGGACGGCGGAUCCUUAGAAGGGACUCACAUAUCUCAAGAGUCUAACUUAUCAGAUCUAGCCCGACAAAUCCUCAGCGGUCUAACCUACCUUCACGGGCGACACAUCGUUCACCGCGACAUAAAGCCCUCGAAUCUGUUAAUCAAUUCGAAGAAGAAGGUGAAAAUAGCUGAUUUCGGGGUGAGCCGAAUCUUGGAUCAAACCAUGGACCCAUGUAAUUCAUCGGUGGGGACCAUAGCUUACAUGAGUCCUGAAAGGAUUAACACUGAUUUGAACCAUGGGCUCUACGAUGGUUACGCUGGGGAUAUUUGGAGUUUAGGGGUUAGCAUUUUGGAAUUUUACUUAGGGAGGUUUCCUUUUGCGGUUGGGAGACAAGGGGAUUGGGCCAGUCUUAUGUGUGCGAUUUGUAUGUCUCAGCCACCGGAGGCGCCGCCCAGUGCUUCCUAUGAGUUUAGGCAUUUUAUAUCGUGUUGUUUGCAGAGGGAUCCGGCGAGGAGAUGGACGGCGGCUCAGUUGUUGCAGCAUCCUUUUAUAGUCAGAGGACAGAAUCAGAUUACUACUAAGAAUCUGCAUCAGUUAUUGCCAAAUCCACCUCCUCUUUCUUCGUAGUAGUGUUUUUUUGCUUCUUUUCCUUUUUUUUUUUAAUUCUACUGUAAGUUUUGAUAUAAUGAGGGGUUUGGGGAAUUGGGGGGCAAUGUUUUUUCUUUCAUGUUUCGGUUAAAAGAAAAUCUUUAAAAUAUUAGAAAGUAAAAGAAAAAAAACUAUCUUUGACUGGCCUUCCGUAGUUUUGUUUAUUGUUUAUUGUGUACUAUGCUUUUCAUCAGCUUGCUUAGAGGCUCUUAUAAUUCUAUUAUUAUUUGAAAGAGUUGCAAUGCAAUUUACGGGGUUUAGUUAAAAUAUUUGGAAAUGCUUGAUGAUGUGUAGAUCGAUCUCUAGAGAAGUUUUAGAUUUAGCCUUGGUAAAGAAUGGUAAUAAACAAAAAAGGGAAUAGAUGCCUUGUCUUUGUCAAUUAUCUAUCCUGGAGAUUGGAGUAGAGUGGUAAAUAUAAUAGGGGAAGUUCCAUGUCUAGGUUUGGAUGCUUAUUAUUCUUUGGAAUUCUUGUGUCGUUGUCUGGAUACUCUUUUUUUCUGUUGCAAAAAUUGUGCAUCAGUGGCCCCUCCUUUAUUGUGAAGACAUGCUUAUUAUAUGUCUUAUAAUAGAUGUGUAGGCAAAUGGGAAACUAGGGUUAAUUGGGUGGAAUAUCAGGUUUUUCUUGUUGAUGAUUUUUAAGCUUGCUUCACUUCUGGAAAGAUAUGCCUGUACAUUUUGUUCCCCUUUAGAUUGUCUAUUUUCCAAUUCCUCCAUUGGCUUUUUUUAGCUUUUAUUACUUUAAACGGAUGGUAUAAUCAGUCAUUUUGUGAUGCUUUUUAGGUUGGGAUAGUUCUUACACUUGCUUAUAUUUUCUUUGUCAAUUCAUACACGACAAGCAUGAGAUUAUAAUGUCUAAAAUGCAUUGUGUGACUGAAUCUGAGGUAGAGCAAUGCCACAAAUAACAUUUUUCUGCGUGUUUAAUUGAGGUUAUUAUUGUUUGCUCGGACUUUUGAGAAUGUUAAUGAUUUUAUCUUUUUUGUUUUCUUUUGUUUUUUUCCCUAACAUGCUUACAUUCUGGAAAGUAUGUUCUGAUGUGGUGGUUUGCUUUGGUGUCUGGUUUUGUUGACUUUUUGCUGUUCCAAAAUUUGGACAGUCUGCCUCAACCUCUCUGUCUGAAUUCUCCCGCUUAAUGUCCAACAAUAAUUUUUCGUUCAUGCCAUCGCCAGAGAAGAAAACCUCUGAUAAAUGGCCUUGCAAUAGGAGUGCCUGCCUGCUUGGCUCCCUCUUGCUGGGCAACAAUGAGUUGACGUUGCCCUUUCUAGGAGAUUGAUUGGGAAUUGAUUUUUGGUUAAGUAACUGGAUAAAUAUUUUACUGUUUUACUCUUAUCUAGUCAUCAUAAGUUAUAUUUAUAACUUGGUAGAUUGUAGCAGAUAGAUUUGUUCAUGAUAAAAAUUCAUGUUAACUCCUUAAGCAUCUUUUCCUCUUCUUGAAGUGCUUAAGGUUGUUGAUUUAGCAAAAUAAAGUUAAUGCGAGAAUCGAGCAAUGUCAAUAAUUGUAAUAUUAUCACAUGAAACUUGGGAGUAUAAGAUGUAAGAAAUUUUAUCGGAGUUUCAUUUUUGUGUUCCAAAGCAGUAGGUGGAGAUUAACCUUCACUUGAAGGGCCAAGGAGUUGGGACCUGUUGACCCUAAGGUCACAAAUUGGCGAUCUGGGUCGGCCGAAUACGGCCCAGUGUUGAGCACUAUGUCAGCAGUGUCGGUCCAGUUUGCUUCUUGUGCUUGACACGGUCAUUUCAGUCUGCUUACGUCUUAUGAUAUGAUUUUUUCUUGACACAGUCCAAAUAAUAUUUUAGGGAUAAGCUCGGUAUAGCUUGUGGUCCGAAUACA